AUGGCCGCCGCAACCUCGGCGCUCCCUGGAUGGCCGCCGCUUCUCCCAUCGGUGCGCAGCGCCGCCGGUCCUCUCAUCCGCAGGCAGCACCGCUGGUCCUCCCAUCUGCGUGCAGGGCCGAGGCCGCCGUUCCUCCGCUCCCAGCGCCGCCGGUCCUCAGCGCGGCCUCUCCUUCCGCCCGCGCGCAGGGCCGAGGCCGAGGAGCUCAAAGCGAGGAAGAACGGAGGCGCGGACGACAAUGGAGGCGUCGACCAACUGGCGCGAAGGCAGGACCACCAGUCGGAGCUGACAGAUGCGGAACUCCAUCCGGCGGAGAAAGAAUCGCCGUGGCGCGGGCGUUGGUCUCCUACGGCAGGUGCUGCCACAGAGGAGCCAGCCAGGCAGCCAGCCAGCCACCAGCUCGGAUUGGGGCACCAGCUUAGAUCGGGGAAAAAUCCAUGGUAA